AUGGCCGCUCAAAACCUGGUGAUGGGCGCUAUACCAGGCCAGAGAGCCUCGGAAGCUCAUAUGCUUGUCACCCAGCUUUACGAUCCCGCAAACCAGAGAAAUCCUGUCAUGAUCCAUGAGAUCCAAAAGCGCUUGCAAGAGCUCCAGAAGGGUGAUAAUGCAUGGGAAGUUGCUGACUCACUCCUGCGGGAACCCUCUGCUCAUCACAGAUUCAUGGGAGCUCUCACAUUCACGGUGAAGGUGAAUGUAUCAGGAGGAGAAUUAAAUGAAGCCACCAUUCUCCAAAUCUUGGAACGUCUUAUCAACCAUCUCAUCACGAUAGUGAAUGAAGCAGAGCAGGCAAUGGUGGUGAGGAAGCUCGCUUCCAGCCUCGUCACUAUUUUCAAACACCCCGCCUCUAAUUGGAAGCGAGCAUUAUGGCAGGUAGCGGCAAGCCUGGCCAAUGGCUCAUUUGUAUCCGAGCAGCAAUCUCAGACCAUUCCCUUCUCUUCUGGUGUUCUGCCAAAUCUCGACACUCAAAAAACCAUGGCCCUGGUAUUCUUCUCGGUCGCAUUGGCAGAAGAAACAUUGAGGCUGGAGGCAGAACCACAAGAUUUAGUUGGCCCAGUAAUCCAACGAUCGAGCACAAACAUCAGGGAUGCCUUUUUGCUGGUGCAGUAUAUCCUACCCCAGAUCUCACAUCCGAACCAUCCAUCGAUGAACGAAUAUCUUCAAAAGACCUUGGGCAGCGAGAUCAUGAGUUCCUGGAAGGCUUGGCUAGGUGUUUGUGGAAACCAUCCUCAAACGGGCGAUGAAAAUGUUCAUGAGCUGGCCGUUUCUUGUGGUCAGGACAUUAUGAAUACACUUCGAGUCCCUAUCCUGAGUGAACCCGCUGCAUCUAUUCUGACGCAAGUAUUUGAAAGUCGACGUUCGGCCUUUGAUGACAAGUCUCUAUGGAUUCUUUCACACAUACUAUCCGACUCAAUUGUGACAGGCCAUAUCCUUGCUAUCACAAGUGGUGAAGAGGGUGCUGAGAGCCUGACAUUUGUUGACCUAUUGGUUGCUUACGUCUCUCAUCUUCAGCUGAACAUGUUCAGUCAUCCCAUUAAGCCUGAGAAUGAGAAGAUCCUCACCAUGGUUCACGAUAUCUUCAAAACCCCGGGGUAUGCCGCCAUUGAUGAUUCAGCUACACCUCGCGUGUUGGAAUUUUGGAAUGAGAUUGCUGAGUGUCUCUCUGAUGAGUUGACACAAGAUGAUCCCCGAUAUGAAAUUGUCAAAGCACAGUUGGCAAAGGUCGUUCUUGGACUUUUCAACAAGUUGCUGUACCCGUCUGCAGAUGACCUUGCGGAUUGGAGUGACGAAGAGCGAGGCGAAUUUAAUGCCUUUCGCUACGAAGCUUGUGACUACUUACUCUCGGCUUAUCCAAUUCUAGGGGUGGAACUUGUUAGGGUGUUCCAGGAGAGUGCAACCACACACCUCAAGACUCGCGACUGGCGCGGUUUCGAAGCGGCAAUGUUCUGCAUCGCCCAGUUGUCAGAGGCCGUCGAUGACAAUGGUCAUGCUGAUCAGUGCUUGGACACUAUCUUUGGCAGCGGGGCGUUUUCCCAAAUCUGUGCAGGCGGAGAGGUGGGAAUGCCGCUCAAGGCGCGCCAGACAUUGGUGGACACUUUUGGGAAAUACGAGUCAUAUUUCGAACGUAAAAGCGCCUUGCUUCCUGGUGUAUUGAACAUUUUGUUUGAAUCCCUCAGCUUUGAGCCAUGUGCCCUGGCGGCCUCUAGGUCUAUUCUGACCCUCUCAAAGUCCUGCGCCAGAGUGUUGACCUCAGAGCUACCUGUUUUCCUUGAACAGCUCGACCAAUUCCGCACAAAGCAAACAGCAACAGCAUCCACUAUGCCCAAGGUGCUAGAGGGAAUCGCAACGAUUAUCCAGAGACUGCCCGCAGAUGACGAAAAAGUGCAGACUCUAGAGAAAAUCCUGGGGUUCUUCGUUCAGGAAGCGAAGAAAGCUAGGGAGGAGGCGGCUAGCUCGGCGUAUGAAGAUGCUCGUGUUCAUGGUCACCUCGUGCUGAGUUGUAUUGCCAGCAUUGGAAAAGGCCUUCGGGCAGAAGCGGACGAGCCAAUCAAUCCCGAAACAGCACACGAGCAAAACCCCUACCCCCCAUCAUUCUGGAAUGCCGGACCAGGCUCUCAAGUACAGCAGCUCAUAAUGGAAGCCAUGCGUCUUCUGAUAGUCGACUUUCCAGUGGAUAGUGGCCUCAUCGACUCAGCCUGCGACAUUCUUAAGGCGGGCUACACCGAAUCGUCGGGGCUUUUUGUCUUUCCUCCGUCAAUGACUGUAGAUUUCAUCAAAAGCUUCCCUCUGGGUAUUUCCGGCACAGACGUUAUUAUGGCUACUGCAUCAUCAUUUUUGGCAUCGCAUGCAUCUCACUCCAUGAAAAUUCGGGACGAGGCCGUGGCAUUGAUUGUGCAUGUCGCCCAGCUAUUUUCAUCCAUGCUCAAUGAUUCCAACACCUAUGACCCCGAGACCGCCAAUGCUGGAAUUGAUUUUCUCACCCGCCUCUUGCCGAAAUAUUAUUACAUUCUGUUCUCGCUAACAGAUCCUCUUCCAUCUUUGGCAGAGACCACUCUCCCACCCCCGCCGGCCUUCGGUGUAUUGCUAAGCUUUACUCUUCAUGCAUUGACUCGGCCAGAACCUCUUACCCUGCGUUCUGCUUCUGCGUUCUGGGUUGCCAUGAUGGAUCUCCGCGGCAGCUCCGCCGCUGAGACUGCUGCCUUCGAUCAGGUCCUCGAACAAUUCAUUCCCCAACUGAGCGAGACACUUAUCCGACAGAUUGCAGGUCACUGCGCUCGGUCAGAUCUGGUGUCGCUCAACGAUGUGAUCCGGCGCAUGGUCUUCAAGAAAAUGGCCUUGGCUCGACCGAGUCUCACUGCUGCUCUUGGCCGCUUGAAUGCACAGACCACCGAUGCCAAUGGAAAUCAAGUCCCCGUCCUCUCACCACAAGAUAAAUCUCGUUUCUUGGAAUCCCUGAUUGUAGCGCGUGGCGCAAGACCACAGUCGAUGGAGCUCGUGCGAUCAUUCUGGUUGAAAUGUCGGGGCAUGAGCUUCGAUUAUGCUCAGUGA